AUGCGCCACCUACUACCCUGCCUAUUUUUGUUGCUGCUGGCUGUUGGCAUAACUGAAGCUAUCGGAGGUAUCGGCGGAAUCCGAGGGCUGAUGCGGUUUCCAAUGAUGGCCAGGAGGUUCGGCCGUUUCGGUCGAAUGGGAGGUGGGAUGUUCGGACGGGGAGGCGGGAUGGGUGGAAUGUACGGAAACCAGGGGAUGUAUGGCAACAACAUGAUGGGCAUGGGAAUGUCGCCGUUUGGUGGCCGGCUUUUCGGGCGG